AUGGCGGCUGACGAUGAUGCUGCCCCGCCUAUGGGGCAUUAUCCCCGCCUUCCGCCGUCGUCGACCCGUCCGCCAUCGACCUCCUCGGCGACGUCCAUUAGUCGACGUUCGUCAUGCCGUCUGGCCAGCCGUCCGGUCAGUCGCAUCAGCAUCGCCACGACCGGCCGCCGACGGCGCAUCUUCACGUCCCCCCCUCCACCCUUACGAUUGCUACAGCAGCCGGUCGAGCAGCCGUUCGAGAUAGCCUCUGCCCUGCGUCCGUUCCAGCUCUCGCGACAGGUGCACGACUACGACGAGAUCGCGCGGCUGCGUAUCGCCGGACUCGCCGCCCGCGAUGCGCGGCUGCAGCAACGGAACCAUCGCCCCGACAGCCUCGACAGCCUCGACGGCCCCCGCUAUGUGGCUGAGGGCGACCUCGAGAUGCGCGCUAUGCUGCUCGGCCCGCUGGCCCAGGCUGAAAACGCACUGCUCGACCAAAGGACCGAUUGGUCCCGGCGCCACAGACGAGUCGGCAACGAUCACAGUCACCGUCACAGCUACAGCUACAGCUACAGCUACAGCCUCGGCGACGUGGAUGACGACGACAAAAAUGGCGACAGCCCCUACCCCGUCGACUCGGCCAUUGCAAAAGCCAUCGCCGCUCUCGCGAGCCGCAAGAUGGAAACUGAAUUCGCCCUGCAGACCGUACAGCUCGGCGGAAGCAGCAGCAGCAACAACCGCCCUGUCGCGCGCAAGCCAAAGCCCCAGCCUCAGCGUCAGCCACAACCCCAGGCUUUGCAAUUACCUCAGCUGCCGCCUUCACCUCUCCGACAGCUUCCUGCUGCUGUCAUCUCCAGCCCGGCACCACCUCCAACUCCACCGCUGUCACCACAGCGACAUGCCUACGACAAAGAAGCUUACAGCACUGCCAAAGACAGUCACAAACGCGACUCCUUCUGGCGGGGUUCCAUCCAGUCUGUCAUCUCCUGGAGACCGGGCCAAUGA